AUGAAUAAGAAAAUUCUUACUCCUGUGAAGAGAAUAUUAGAAAUUAAUGAUGAAGCAGGGAUUGGGGUGUCUAAGAACUUUCAUUCAAUUGUUGUCGAAGCAGGGGGAUACGAGUCAUUGACAUUUGACGAGCGAGAUGCAAGAAAUUACAUUGAGAGAGCUAAAAGGUUGAGGCUUGGGGAAGGUGAUGCCGAAUCACUUCAAAGUUAUUUUAUGAGGAUACAAGCACAUAGUGAGAGAUUCUUUUAUGUGAUUGAUGUUGAUGAGGAGUUUCGCAUUAGAAACUUGCUUUGGGCUAAUGCAAGGAGUCGGGCGACUUAUGAAGCAUUUGGAGAUGUCGUUUCAUUUGACACAACUUAUUUGAUGAACAAAUAUGACAUGCCAUUUGCUCCAUUUGUCGGAGUUAAUCACCAUGGUCAGUCCAUUUUUCUUGGUUGUGGAUUGUUGUCUAGUGAAGACACUAACACAUUUCUUUGGCUAUUCAAGUCAUGGUUAAGUUGCAUGUCAAAUCAUCCGCCAAAAGCUAUCAUAACUGAUCAGUGUAGAGCUAUGCAAAAUGCUAUAGAAAUUGUGUUUCCACAAGCUCGACAUCGGUGGUGCUUAUGGCAUAUCAUGAAGAAAAUUUCGGAGAAGUUGAAAGGAUAUGCUCAAUAUGAAGCCAUAAAGUUGGCUAUGCAAAAUGCAGUUUAUGACUGUUUGACAAGAGCUGAAUUUGAGAGUAAAUGGGAAGAGAUGCUUGCAACAUUCAAUCUUUAUGAUAAUGAGUGGUUGGGGGUACUAUAUGAUGAGCGGAAUCGAUGGCAAUUCGUUGAACAAUAUGACAAUGCCUUGAGAAAUAAGGUAGAGAAAGAGAAGAAAGCAGACUUCAAGUCUCGACACAAAUUGUUUGAUUGCCUAACUAUAUACGGGUUUGAGAAGCAAUUUCAGCAAGCCUACACCAAUGCGAAAUUCAAAGAAGUUCAAGGAGAGAUGAAGAGAUUAGUUUACUGUCAGGUGGUGAUUGUGAAAAAGGAGGGAUCAAUUUGUACAUAUAAUGUCCAAGAAGCGAUGGUAGUUUCUGAGAAGAUGAAGCAUGUGGACUUUGUUGUCUAUUUUAAUUCAACUGAAUGUGAAGUUCAAUGCAUAUGUCGGUUGUUUGAGUUUAGAGGCAAUAUGUGCGCUCACUCACUCGCUGUGCUUGUCAGAAGAUGCAUAAAUAAGGUGCCAAGUAAAUACAUUUUGCCCCGGUGGAGAAAAGAUAUGGAUAGAGAAUACGCAUGCAUCAAAACCACAUAUACCGGCUUUGGGAAUGAUUUCAAUGCAAGUACCUAUGAGAGGAUGAACAAAAAAUUGAUUGCCAUUGUACAACUUGCUGGUAACCGUGAAAGCAAAACUAGAAUUGUAAACCUUGGGUUGAAUGAAAUCAAGGAGAGAAUCAUGAAAGAAGAAUCCGGUGAUGGGAGUAAUUUACCAUGUUUAACAAGAAGUCCGAUUCACACCGGUUAUACACAAGGAGGUACUAGUAGGAAGGUGAUUAGUCCUUUGGUUGCUUGGCGAAGAGGUCGUCCAGUUACGAAACGGAAGGUUGCCAAAGUAGAUCAAAUUGUUAAUCGGUUCAAGGCUGCUAAGUUGCUCCGAUUUGAACCUGAAGCUCAAGCUCAAGCUAAAGCUCAAACACCGUAUUAUCCUUAUAUGGUUGGCACAGAAAAUAGUAUGUAUGUAACGGUGUCCCAUGGUAUUGGAGGCACAUCUCUUACUCCAUCGGACUUCAUAAGUGGCACACAGGGAAGUUUGAUGAGUGCUCCAACUCAGAUUUAUGGUUCUGCAUCGGGAAACUUGGAUAUUACAGACUUGAGUUCAGUUGGUGUUGGUACCAACAUAAUACUUCAAGUUGAGGAAACCAUUUCACAUUCUGAAUGGCUUGGUGUGGACAAAGAACUGAAGAAGCUUGUGGUCGAGACCACUGCAAAUCAGGACCCACUGGUUUUCAUAAUUGAUUAUAAGCAACAGAAAUGA